UUUUGAAUUGUGUGUCACUGGCCCUCCAAAAUUCCAAGAUUAUAAAAAAAAAAAGACUUGUAGUCUUUGUGGUCCACUUUUCAUUAGACAUUCUCAAAGAGUGUGUUUUUCCCAGAGAUCUUUUUCAGGUUUGGAUCUUCCUAAUAUUCGUUGUUGCUCUUGUCCCUUGCAUCCUUGUGGACAAAUGGAGCUGGAGGCAGUAGCUUCUGUGGUGAUAGAGAAACUCAAGGAUAUGCUGUCUGACGAGAUAAAGGACAAAAGUUUGAUAGAGGAAGCGUUAAGAGAAAUGCAAGGCGUCAUUGCUGGCACAGACGAGAAGCAAAGAAAUAGUGAAGAAUUCAAGAAGUGGGCUGAAGAGUGUCUGUGUAGUCUGUACUAUGUUGAGGACACUGUUGAGUCUUUUGCCCUUGGUAUCGCCCGUCAGAACAAGAAAUGGGGCUUCGUUAUGAAUCACUUUCUGGUUCUCAAGAACUUCACGGCUUGCCAAAAGCUGAGAAGGAAGAUGAAGAGAAUCCCUUCAGACAUUAAACGAGUGAUCGAUAGAAAUCACGAAGCUACUGGCGAGCAGCACGCAUGUAGCAAUGGAAUAACUACCUAUAUGGGUGAUCAGAAUGGUGGUGCAGCUGAAUAUGGAGAUAUUAAAGAUUGCAACAAUGAGGAUUCUGCAGACUCAAAAAUCAGACUUCUUAGUGCAGUGGAACAACGGAGUUAUGGUGAAGAGGAACUGGAGGUAGAUAGAAAACCUCCGAGGUCCAUCAGCGACAAGUUCUUGAGUUUAGACCAUGAAAAACAAGCAAAGCUCAUGCAUACAAAUAUACCUCGGAGGUGCAUCAGCAACAAGUCUUUGAUGUUAGACCGUGAAACACAAGCCAGACUCAUGUAUACAAAUUCUUAUGAUGACGAAGAACUGGAGAUGUUCAACAUUAGACAAGAAGUGCAUGACGUAGUGGAAAGACUAACCAAGACAGAUGAUGAUGGCAGGGCCCGGAUCGUUCAAAUUGCUGGUGAGAUGGGUUCAGGCAAGACUACUUUAGGUCGUGCAGUAUACGGAAGUAGGAAAAUCAAAAACCAUUUUAAGUCUGGAUGCGCAUGGGUCACCAUUUCAAAAGAGUCUAAUAAAUCAGAUGUAUUUCACAACUUGCUAAAACAGGUGGGGGAUUCCAAGGACUCUGUGGAUCUAACUGCCAAUGAGCUGGAAACUAGACUUUUGGAGUGCUUAAAUAGAAAAAACUACUUGAUUGUGUUGGAUGAUGUACAGAGUGAUCAGAUAUGGGAAGGGAUGAAAUCUGUUUUUUUAGACAGUCGAAAUGGAAGUACACUACUUCUCAUCACCACCACUGUUAGUCCGAUGUUGUAUGUAUCUCCUCCAAAUUGCAUCCAUAAGGUGAAAAGGCUAAGUCAAAAAUAUAUCUGGAAUUUGUUCUUGAAGAAAGCUGGUUGGGAUACAUGUGAGGAAGGAAAUGAACAUCAAGAUUCGAAGAAGCAAGUUCUUAAAGUCUGCUGUGGUCUCCCCCUGAAUACUGUCCUUCUUGGCAGCAUGUUGUCGACCAAGGGAGUUACAAAUCGCUUUGAUUAUCUUCAAAAGAUACUGAAAAGUCGAAUAAAUUGGAAAACGGAGGACAUUGUAUCCCUUAGCUAUACGAAUCUGCCUGACCAUUUGAAACUGUGUACACUCUACCUGGUGCUAUUCCCUAAAGAGUACGACAUUCCGGUAAGGAGGCUGCUUCGAUUGUGGCUUUCAGAGGGUUUUGUAAAUCGCAAACAAGAUAUAUUCCCGGAGGAUGUGGUACAAGAAAACUUUGAUGAUCUAGUCAAGCGGAGCUUGAUUCAGAUAUCCAAAUUUAGGUCUGAUGGCAGUCCCAGAAGAUGUCGGUUACUAGGCGUUCUCCAUGACUAUCUGUUGCCCAAGGCCCAGAACAUCAGGCUUUUCCAUGUUCACUGUAGUACAUGUAGCACAGAAGAUUCAGUUCCCUUGAAUGUUAGAAGGCUUGUUGAGCAUGCGAGCAGUAAGAAUAUUUAUAGUGAUGCUUCCCGGUUUGAACAUCUUCGCUCUUACUUGUCAUUCAAUUUCCAGAGGAAAGACAUCCCAGCCAAGGAAGUAGGCAGCCUUCUAAGCCGCGUAAUUACUAAGGGCUUUAGAUUGCUGAGGGUGCUUGACCUGGAAGGAGUGUACAAGCCAAGUUUGCCUGAGAAUCUUGGUGAUUUAUUUCACUUGAGAUACUUAGGAUUAAGAUGGACUUUCUUGGAUGCUCUUCCCUCGUCCGUAAGUGACUUGCCCUAUCUUGAGACACUAGAUGUGAAGCACACUAACAUAAAUAACUUACCCACCUCUAUGUGGAAAUUGAAGCAUUUGCGGCAUCUCAAUCUCAGUCACAUCCGUCUUGACAUGCCAAAGAAUUCAGAUCGCGAUUCUUUGCCUAAACUCCUGACACUGUGGGGAUUGUCUGUAGAUGAUGAGAGCCCAGUGAAGAAUGGACUGAAUCGUUUGCCUAAUCUUAGAGAGGCAGGCAUUACUUUCUGUUUGAGCAAUUGUGAAGACCUUCUCAAUUGGAUUUCAGAUUUAACUUCUCUUCAAUCUUUGAGGUUACGAUCCAAAAAUGAUGUAGGCCAUCCUUCACAUUUUGGUGACAAGCCGUUGGCUCUGUCAAGGUUGAGCAAUCUUUCCCACCUAAACUUGCUAGGUGAAUUACCAAAACUGCCUGAAAACUUACCUCAAAGUCUUAAAGUAGUCACAUUGUCUCUUUCAAAGCUGACAGAGGAUCCUAUGCCGAUUUUUGGGAAGCUUCAACAACUAAAUGUCCUCAGGCUUUUAUCUGAUUCCUAUAUGGGGAAGAAAAUGGUGUGCCCUCAAGGUGGAUUUGAAGAGCUUCGAGUUCUAAAGCUUUGGAAACUAAAAAACUUGGAAGAGUGGAAUGUGGAGGAAAGGGCAAUGGAGAAGAUCAAAGAGAUAAAUAUCCGAUGCUGUAAUAAACUGAUGAGCAUUCCCAGAGGACUGACCAAAAGAACAAGUCUCAAGGAAUUGAUCAUAACCAACAUGGAGAAAGAAUUCAUAGAGAAUGUUAAUACGUUCAUGAGGCGCCGUGAUGUGAUUCUCACUUGCAAAGAUUAUGAUUUUACCCCCUUGCCGUGGGAGCAUGCUGAUCUUACUUCUGAUAGAGUGUGAUCUAUGGCAAGUCACACCAACAAGGAGCUUGCAAAGAUUCUGAACAGUAAAUCUCCAAGGCUACUUCAAUCAGAGCUGCGUUACCAUUCAUCAUCGGUUAUUGGUUUCAAACUUUUGAUGCUAUCCAGUAGUUAGCUACUGGGUAAGCAAUGUUUGCUUCUUUCUGUUUUUUAUACUGAUGGCAAGGUGUUUAUUGAACUCUCUGUUCGUAACCAUGACAACAAAACUCAACCACUUGAAUGUUAGAAUAAUUUGCACUUCAGUUUCACCUGAUGCAUUAGUUAUGUAUUUUAAGUCUACUCAGUGAAGCCCUUAUUAUCCUCUGUAACAAUUUUAAAUUUUAAAAUGAUUACGUGUGAUUCGCCUCUAAUUUGUAAUAUCUACAGAACUUGCUCUUGCUUGA